CCCCCCACGCGUCGUGUCGCCGGGAAGCCGGGAGGAGACAGAGCGCUCGGGCUCCACGGCGCUCGGCCCGCAGUCCCCUGACCGCGCGGAGCAGAGCCAGGUGGCGCCGCCGGAGCCCAGAGCCGCGACCCUCCCCGGCCGCCUUUGUCUGGGAGCGUGCGGCCUGGAAGCGCUGCUCCCGGGGGCCGGGCACGCGCUCACAGCGGUCGCUGACAGCUCUUCCCUCCCGGAGGGCUCCGGGACUGAGGGGCGGUCGGGCCGGGCCCUGCUCGCCCGCGCCUGCACGCCCGAGGGCGCGCACCGAUGCCCCCGCAGCAGGGGGACCCCGCAUUUCCCGGCCGCUGCGAGGCGCCGCCCGUUCCACCGCGCCGGGAGCGCGGGGCGCGCGGGGGGCGCGGGCCCGGGGCGCCAGGGGGCCGGGGCCGCGCGGGCGGUGCCGAGGGGCGCGGCGUCAAGUGCGUGCUUGUGGGCGACGGCGCCGUGGGCAAGACCAGCCUGGUGGUGAGCUACACCACCAAUGGCUACCCCACCGAGUACAUCCCCACCGCCUUCGACAACUUCUCGGCUGUGGUGUCUGUGGACGGGCGGCCUGUGAGACUCCAGCUCUGCGACACUGCUGGGCAGGAUGAGUUUGACAAACUCGGGCCUCUCUGCUAAACCAACACGGACAUCUUCCUUCUGUGCUUCAGCGUGGUGAGCCCCUCCUCUUUCCAGAACGUCAGCGAGAAGUGGGUGCCAGAGAUUCGCUGCCACUGUCCCAAAGCCCCCAUCAUCCUCGUUGGAACUCAGUCGGAUCUCAGAGAAGACGUCAAGGUCCUUAUCGAGCUGGACAAAUGCAAAGAGAAGCCCGUGCCCGAAGAGGCGGCCAAGCUGUGUGCCGAGGAAAUCAAAGCCGCCUCCUACAUUGAGUGUUCAGCCUUGACUCAGAAAAACCUCAAAGAGGUCUUUGAUGCGGCCAUCGUUGCGGGCAUUCAGUACUCGGACACUCAGCAACAGCCAAAGAAGUCCAAAAGCAGGACUCCAGACAAAAUGAAAAACCUCUCCAAGUCCUGGUGGAAGAAGUAUUGCUGUUUCGUAUGAUGCCAGCCGGGAACCCGCAGUAGGAGAUAUAUUAGCUGAAUGAGUCCUCUCAUCGUGCCGAACCUGUGUAGAGAGCGUGUGUGUGUCAUAGGUCCAGCUCUCAGUUUACGUCUUCUUUCUUGUCUUGGAUAUUCUUGUUUGUUUGAGCUUAGGGACGAGCUGAUUAUUAAUUAUGCAAGAUAUUUUUGAAGUCAGUGGAGCAUUUUUCAUAACUCUGGAAAUGUAGAGCUCUGGACCUCUGGAUUAAUUUAUAUCUAAUAUGAAAAAGACACCUCGGAUCUGUGUGUCAAGAAUUAAAUUUUUUUUUCUACAUUAUAAUGUACAGAAGAACAAAAGAAGAAAUGGUGUGGUUAACCCUGCCUUGAUUAAGGGCUCCUUCCUGCAAGUGCGUUAUGUCGCCUGGGCAGCUAUGGUGAGAAUCACUCUUAGCCCAAAGACUCCACACACUUUUAAAAAACUUUUCAAAGGACUAAAAUCAAAAAAAUGAGAGACCUCUGCCUACAACACCUCAAACCAGUCACUUUUGUCAUAUGCUAAUACCUGCUUGCUUAAGA